AUGUGUGCCAUUUCAAUAGCGGAUACAAGGAACUGUUUCUGGAUUAGCAGAGCUCAUAAAGGAAGACCGUAGAAUGGGUCAUACGGAGAGUAGAUUUGAUUUAAUUAUUAUUCCGAGCCUUGCGCGGGGAGACGAGAGCGGAGAAGAGAUAGAGAGAGAAAGAAGGGGGAAGUCUUCGGCCGCUUCUCCGUUGUCUCCGCCCCGAUCUCAUAAAUUGCGUCUGCAAUGUUUUACUUUUUCAGUUUUUCACUCCUGACAAACAAGAGAAAGCAGAGAUAUCCUCACCCUCGUUGUUGCUCCCAUUUUUUUCUUCAAAGUUCAUGCUCUAGUCUUCUUCCCCGACCUCACGGUAUUCUUAAUUGGCGAGCGCUUCGUCCGUUUUUAGGGUUUACAGUUUGUGGGAUGGGUUUCCAGCUCCAGGCUUAUUGUGUUGCUGCUGCUUCUGUUUUGUUUGAUUAUUGCUGAGAUUGAAUCGAUUAUUGAGUCCUUCUUAGGUUGUCAUAUCUGCUUUCUUUGCGUCGGAAAUAUGGGGUCAUUCAGCUGAGACGGGUUGCCCUUAUCCCUUUAGUUUUUAUCUGAUUUAAUUUAUUUGAUUAUUCUGUUUUUAAUAUCUUGGGCUUGUUAGCUUUGAUCGGAUUUUUAAUAUUAUCUCUGAUGGGCUGUUGACUUCAGAAAGAAGCCUUUUUUAUACCCAACAUUAUCCGGAAAUUUAUUCUUCCGGUUCUCCUUUUAAAGUUGGGGAUUCAAACAAAAACUUAUGCAUUUUGAUUCCUCCAUUGCUUGAUUUCCUUUCAGCUUUUCUUGCCAUCUUUUGAUUUUGAACCGUUGUUUCUCUUAUUGCUUUGCCACUGAUAAUUAAACUGCCUCAUGAGGCUAUACGUGCAAGUUAUCGAAGCUCGUGGCCUCCCGGCAAUGGAUCUUAAUGGACUGAGUGAUCCUUACGUGAGAUUACAGCUUGGAAAGCAACGGGCAAAGACUAAGGUUGUGAAGAAAAGCUUGAACCCGUUGUGGGAUGAAGAGUUCAGCUUCAGGGUUGGAGACCUAAGGGAAGAAUUGAUUGUUUCAGUAUUGGAUGAGGACAAGUACUUCAGUGAUGAUUUUCUUGGUCAAGUUAAAUUGCCGUUAUCUAAGGUCUUGGAUGCAGAUAAUCUAUCACUUGGAUCUGUUUGGUAUCAACUGCAACCCAGGAGUAAAAAAUCCAAGAACCAGGAAUGUGGAGAAAUUCAUCUUACAUUAUCACUGUCUCAUAUUAAUUCAUUAAGCGAUGGAACACCCCCUCAAACCUUCUCUGAAGAUUUAACAUCAAAUUCUGAUAAAUCAUCAGAACUUAAAAGACUUUCAGUUGAUUCCAAUGGUAAAACAGAUUCAUAUUCUGUAUCUGAGGCUGAAGAAGCUGAUCCAGAUAAGGAAGAAAAAUCACAGUCUCGAGCAUUUUUUGACCGAAUUUUUCAAGUUUUUACUGGGAAGAGUGCAGACAUUACGAGGCCCACUGGUAGAGAUAUUGAUUUUGUUGAAGUCAUCCAAGAGGAACCACCAAAUCCUGAGGUUAAUGAACUAGCAGAUGAUGCUGUUUCGAACUCCACAUUUGACGAGUCAGUGAAAAUUUUGGAAUCAAAAGACCAGGGAGGCGAAAUGCCAGAAAAUUUAGCUGGUGGUGUGAUCCUUGAUCAGUCUUAUGCCGUCUCCCCCAGUGAACUCAAUACCGUUAUAUUUUCAACCAACUCAAACUUCUUACAAUCUUUAGCAGAUAUUCAGGGAACUACUGAUUUAAAUAUUGAAGCUUGGAUAUUUGAAAAUGGUGGGGAGAGCCUUAAAAGAGUGGUCACCUACAUGAAAGCUGCAACUAAAUUAGUUAAAGCAGUGAAAGCAACAGAGGAACAGACUUAUCUGAAGGCUGAUGGAAAAAACUAUGCUGUUUUAGCAAGUGUGAGCACUCCGGAUGUUCCAUUUGGAAGUUCUUUCAGGUGUGAAGUAUUGUAUUGCAUAAUGCCAGGCCCUCAAUUGCCAUCUGAAGAGCAGUCUUCUCGUUUAGUGGUUUCCUGGCGCAUUAAUUUUUUUCAGAGUACUAUGAUGAAAGGAAUGAUUGAAAAUGGUGCAAAGCAAGGCCUGAAAGACAGUUAUGUUCAGUUUGCUGAGGCACUAUCUAAAAUUGUUAAACCUCUUGAUUUGAAAGAUGUUGGAUCCAGCAAAGAGCAGAUAUUGGCUUCUUUACAGACAGAGCAAGAGUCAGAUUGGAAACUGGCUUGCAGGAUUUUUGGAAAUUUUACAGUUAUAUCAUCUAUUUUUGUGGGGUUGUACGUUACUGUGCAUAUACUUCUUGCAAACCGUAGUACAAUUCAGGGGCUUGAGUUUUCUGGCCUAGAUUUACCAGAUUCUAUUGGAGAAGUAGUGGUUUGUGGUGUCUUGGUCCUUCAAGGAGAACGUGUUUUGAAGAUGAUAGGUCGUUUCUUACAUGCAAGGAAGCAGAGAGGAAGUGAUCAUGGAAUCAAGGCGCAAGGUGAUGGAUGGCUGCUUACUGUUGCCUUGAUUGAGGGAUCUAAUUUAGCAGCAGUUGAUUCUUCUGGUUACUCUGAUCCUUAUGUAGUAUUUACCUGUCACGGCAUGACAAAAACAAGCUCAAUCAAGUUCCAAACACUGGAUCCUCACUGGAAUGAAAUUUUUGAAUUUGAUGCGAUGAUUGAUCCUCCAUCAACAAUGGACAUUAAUGUGUAUGAUUUUGACGGACCUUUUGAUGAAGCAGUUUCACUGGGCCAUACUGAAGUCAACUUUCUGAAAUCUAACUUAUCAGAAUUGGCAGAUGUAUGGAUUCCUCUAGAGGGAAAAUUAGCUCAGGCAUGCCAAUCUAAGUUGCAUCUGAGAAUCUUCCUUCACAACACUCGAGGUGUCCAAGUUGUUUCAGACUAUCUAACAAAGAUGGAGAAAGAAGUUGGUAAAAAGAUAAAUUUGCGGUCACCUCAGACAAAUUCAGCAUUUCAGAAGCUAUUUAGUCUACCGCCGGAAGAGUUUCUAAUCAAUGAUUUUACUUGUCACUUGAAGCGCAAAAUGCCAAUACAGGGUCGUCUGUUUCUUUCUCCAAGAAUAAUUGGAUUUUACACCAAUCUUUUCGGGCACAAGAUCAAGUUUUUCUUUCUCUGGGAAGAUAUUGAUGACAUCCAAAUUGUUCCCCCAUCUUUGACAUCAAUGGGUAGUCCUUCUUUAUUGAUUAUUCUUCGCCGUGGUAGAGGUUUGGAUGCAAGGCAUGGAGCCAAGUCACUGGACCCUGACGGAAGGUUGAAAUUCCAGUUCCAAUCAUUUGUUUCAUUCAGCGUGGCAAACAGAACAAUCAUGGCAUUGUGGAAGGCAAAGUCUCUAAGCCCUGAACAGAAGGUGAGAUUAGUGGAAGAAGAGUCCGAAGAGAAGGAACUUCGCUCAGAGGAGAGUGGAUCUUUCCUGGGGAUAGAAGAUGCCAAAAUGUCUGAGGUUUUCUCCUCUAUUGUCCCUGUUCCUCUGAACUCACUCAUGGAGAUCUUUGAAGGAGAUUCUUUUGAGCAAAAGGUGAUGGAAAAAGUUGGUUGUGUUGAUUACUCCGCUUCACCGUGGGAAUCUGUCUCGCCCGAUGUGCACCAGAGACAAGUCAACUACAAAUUUGAUAAGAACAUCUCUCGCUAUGGCGGUGAGGUGACUAGCACACAGCAGAGGUCUCCCCUCCAUGAUAAAAAUGGAUGGCUGAUUGAAGAGGUCAUGACACUCCAAGGAGUGCUACUUGGCGACUAUUUUACUCUUCAUUUGAGAUAUCAGAUUGAUGAUCUCCAGUCAAAAUCCAAGGCAUGCCAUGUUCAUGUGUCCUUGGGAAUUGCUUGGUUGAAGAGCACCAAGCAUCAGAAAAGGAUAACGAAGAAUGUUAUUGCCAACUCAUCUACUCGUUUGAAAGAGAUGUUUCGUUUGGUUGAGAAAGAGUUCUCAACAGGGAAAUAGAAAUUUUGUGGACUUCUUGCAAAUCCAUUGGGAACUUCAAGAAGCUAAACUGGCAUGAGAAGUUGCAGAGACAAUCUGCUGGCAGCUGUUUUCAGCGUCAUCAGGUCUGACGUGAUUUUUAUAUGUACGCUUCCAUUUUUUUUUAAAUUUUAUGAUUGUAUAUUAUUUCUAUAGUUCUGUACAUUUGUAGGUUUCAAUUCAUUUGUAAGUGUCUGCUGAGGUUGAGCUAUUGAGAUUAGGCAUGGUAGGCUAGAAAUGCUUCUCUUAAAAUCACGAAACAAUGAUGAAGGGAUGCAAAGCUCAUGAUGCUUCUUCGAAAUUAUUAAAUAUGACAUUUUUGAUUUAUCCUGUACAUUUUAGGAUCUUUUACUGUAUUAUAAAGAAAUAUAAAUGCAGCUGUGACAAUCAUUAUUAGUAUUGUGAGAAUUAUUUAGG